GGCAGCACCAGCAGGAAUAAUUAUGGCCACACCAAAGCUGGUAAGUGGAGCCCAGAAGCUGCUGGAGCCCUUUGGAGAAGCAAAGUUGUUACAGAUCCCUGGCACAUGUGCAGCCAUGCCUGCUGCACAGAUCACACUCUCCACUGCAGCUGCAUCAAAGGGUGACUUUGUCUGUGGUCCACCUAAAAUGAUCGCCUCUGUCCAGAGCCACCAGCCUUCUCCUUCCACCCUUCCUGUUGCUGGCCCACUGCCUCAGAUUUCCCCUUCUUCAUCCUCCUCCAUCAUGGUGGUAGCAAAGAUGGCCACUACAGGAGGAGUGAGUGCCAACAGUCAACUCCAGGUGACCAAACCUCCUCUGAGCCAGGUGUCUUCCAUGACUCAGGCCACAACACCCGGACGGACAGUGGUGAUAACUGUACCGAGGACAGCCACUCCACAGCCGGUCACUGUGGCUCCUCGUCUGCCACAGAGCAGCUCCUCACAUCUGCCAGCCAACAUCCAGAUACCAGCGGGGAUGAUGUUGAUCCGCAGUGACACUGGGCAGCUGAUGCUCGUAUCACAGCAGGCUUUGGCUCAGGCUCAGCAGGGACCAAGAGUUACCAGUGGUCAAGCACCCAGAAUCGUGUCCCAUCAGGUGUCUGCAGCAAACGGAGGUAAAGGUAAUGAGAAGGUGACGGUGAUCAGGAUGGCAGCUCCUCCCAGUUUCCUGCCUCCACCUUCCAUCCAGAAGACGGCGCUGGUAAAGGUCGUCGGUGUGACCCAGAAUGCUGCGUCUGCUCACGAGAGCCAGCCUCGCAUUCAGGCCCCGGCCACAGAAACCAGAAAGGAGCCUCUGGGCACGUUCACUCAGGAAACACUGGAAAGUGUGAAAAAGUGCAAGAACUUCCUGGUGACCCUGAUCAAGCUAGCCUCCAGUGACUCCAGGUCAGCCAACAUGGCCAACAACGUCAGGGGACUGGUCCGAAAUCUGCUGGAAGGGAAGCUGGAGGCAGAGGAGUUCACCGAACAGCUCUAUCAGGAGCUGAAGUCCACUCCGCAGCCGUGUCUGGUGCCGUUCCUCAAGAAAAGUCUUCCUGCCGUGCGUCGCCUCACUGCAGACCCUCAGUUAUUCAUUCAACAGGCUUCCACCUCUGCCUGUAACUCCAGUGCCCCGCCGCCCGCCGCUGAUACAGGACCAAACCUUAACAACAGCAAGCAGGUUAUUCAACCGGCUCGGAGAGUGAUGAUGAGACCCGCUGUGACCUCAUUAACUCUGCCCAGAAAUUACAUAUCAAAGAGCAACAACAGCAGACCCAACAUCAAGCAGACGCUGCUCCCGCCAGGAAAACCAUUACCAGGAACGUUCUCACUUUCAAAGCAGCAUUUUUCCCAGGAUCCAUCCGGAUUUGCAUUCAAGAACUCUACAGGCUCUUACAGAGAAGACGAUGACAUUAACGACGUAGCCUUCAUGGCUGGAGUGAACCUGAGAGAGGAGAAUGCAAAGUUCCUGACCACCACCGUUGGCUCUGUGGUGCAGUCUUGCCAGGACCAGCCCUUCCUCUCCCCUAACAAGCUGCUCAGUCGGAUCCUUCGUGCAGGGCAGCCGCUGGGAGUGACCGACGUCGGUCCAGAGGUGGUUGCUCUGGUGUCUCAUGCUACACAGGAGUGUCUCCGUGGACUUCUGGAGAAGCUCGCCGUGGCUGCGGAACACCGCAAGGCAACACUGAAGGAGGACGUGUGGCACACCAAAGUGAGUGACAUACGCUCUCAGCUCCGUUUCCUGGAGGAAGUGGAGACGCUGAACAAGAAGAGAAAAGAUGAAGCGGAGAGAGAGAAACUGCUGCGUUUGGCCCGAAGCCGCUCACACCCUGAGGAUCCUCAGUUUCAGCUGCUGAAGCAAAAAGCCAAAGAGUUACAACAAAUAGAAGAAGCUCAGCUGCAGCAGAGAGAAGCCAACAUGACGGCCCUCGCCGCCAUCGGGCCCCGCAGGAAGAGACCACUGGAGCUGACUGACAGUCAGGUCUCGCUGCUGCCCAGACUGGACGUUCCCAGGGUGACUCGGGUGAUCCUGAGGGAUCUGCUGGUGUGUAUGGAGCAGGAUCACUUCCUGCGACACUCUCUCACUCUGUACAAAGCAAUGCUCUGAUUUCCUACUACUUUAAUAAUGUAGUCGUCAUCAUUUUUGGCACUUAGCCCCUUCAGUUCAGAUCAUCUGCCUCUCGUUUGUUUGUUUAUUUAUUUACUUUUUAGUAUCAUGCUGUAGAAG